CUUCCCCCCCAGCCAGUCAGUAGCUCUCCCCCCCAGCCAGUCAGCCUGAAGUUGGACAUCAUCCCACAUCCACAACAUGAGCGGAAAACGGAAACUGAGUUUCAAGUGGCUCGGGAGUCUCUCCAACCUAUCCUUUCGUCGUGGAUCAUCGUCAGAGAAAUCUCCCUCUAAGCCUGACGGGGGCAGAGCUCUGGAUGUGGUAUCCUCCCCCGGCGCCGCGGAGACGUCUGUUGACGACAUGGAUAUGACUCGUCCGCGCACCUCCAGCUACGCCCGCUCCAGCGACAACUAUACCCACAUGGGCACCUUGCCCCGCCUCCUCCUCAGGAAGAGAGACAAGAGUGGGAAUUCUGUGAAAGGAGGAACCAAGAAGGGGGCGGGGCUGGGCAGGAGUCAGAGCCAGCGGCCGGCAGGGGACCAUGUCUGUAGCUCUCCCCUUCUCACAGCUCUAUCUAGCCAGCCUGGCUCCAGACAGGAUCAGCCUGGCUCCAGACAGGACCAGCCUGGCUCACCUCUAUCCAGCCAGGCUGGUCCUGGUCCAAAGACCCAACAGGCCCAGGGGCUGCCUUCCCUCCCCAGAGGGGGAUCACUCAGUAGGAGUAAACACAAAGACCCACAGGCCCACUGUGAGGAAGGAAAACCACAGACAAGUCAGCUAAUGUCAGCUCAGGCUGUGGGGUCUGCUACCUCCUCUACCGCUUCGUCACCUGUCUGUGAUGACGUCCCUGAAGGAAACACAUUCCCCCCUGAUCAGGGUGUUCCAUCUCCAGAUACAGCAUCAACUGGCGGGGCCAGAAGGAAUCUUCCUCCUGUUCCUGGUCAGUCAGUUUCAAUGUCCUUACAGAGACAGGUGACCAUUCAGACAGAAGAGCCAUCUCCAACCCCUAAGGUUCCUAAGAAAUCCCUGCCUGGGACCCAGGUCACCCAGCAUUGUGAGGAGGGCUUCCCCAGGGAGAGAGCUGAUAACCUAGGGACAGACAGUAACUCCAGCUCCCUGCCUGAGACGGCCUCCUGUGGCUCUAGUGGAAGAGAUCUUCAGAGGGAAACUCAUCCUGGUGAACCUGUGAACAGCCACAUGGACCCAACAGACAGCCAGGGUGAAUAUGUCAAGUUCUCCAAGGAGAAGUACCUGCUGGAGUCUGCACCAGAGAAAAUUACACCACCGGAGCUGGAGGAGCGAGCUGAAAACUCUGCCAGCAGCGAUAGCAGGAGUCAUGGCUGCUACCAUGACACAUCCCACAGAGGACAGCCCUUCGCCGUGGUGUCGGAGACGGUGGUGCUGCGAAACGGUGAUUUCCUGAUCCGUGAUUCGCUGAUAAACGUGGGCGACUAUGUCCUGACGACCAGGUGGAACUACGAGGUUCUGCACAUCAAGAUCACCAAGGUCCUGGUCAAGUCCACCACUGAGUCUAAGGUCCAGUACCUGUUAGAGAAAGACAGUUUCGACUCUAUACCUGAGCUGAAGAGGUACUACGUGGCCGGYCGGCGACCUGUCUCCCAGCCCAGCGGAGCCCUGAUCUACUGUCCAAUCAUACGCACCCUCCCSUUGCGUUACCUGGAAGCAACGUUUGCCUUAGCCAAUAGCAGACAUGGCCUAGCCCACUCACCAUCCAGUCAGAAAGGAGCGUACAUCAAGAGGCGGAGCGUGACCAUGAACGACGGAUUGACCACGGACAAGCUGAUACCUCACAGCUCCUCUACUAUUCACAACCACAAAGACGCCAUGAGGAACUGUGCUCUGAGUAUGGACCUCAUCCAGGAGUAUCGCCGUCCUCCUUUAGGGGAGACACCUCUCUCCCCAGCCUACAGCCACAUCCACAGACACAGAACCCAGUCAGGGGUUAGAGUUCUGGCUGUGGUGCCCCCCUCGCCAGUCCUGAGACACUCCAGCGACCCCCAGCUCAGCCCUGGCUCCAACAACAACCUACCCGACGUGCUAGCAGCCAGCUCCCACUCCACCCUGGCCCACUGCUCCUACGAAACCCCAGCAGAUGGCUCCGAGACGGGGAGCAGCUACUGCAACUUACGGCCCACCCCGGCCCUCUGUCCUAAGGCUCACUGUGCCGCCGGCAUGCCCCCCACACCUCCCACUAAGAGCUACGUGGAGAGGCUGCGUGUGGAGGAGGGCCGAGGGCCUGCCCCAGGGAGGGAGGAUGGAGCUGGAGAAGAGGCGUUCAUCGCCCCCCUGGUGGAGACAGCCUCCUCCUUCAGACCAGGGAUGUACGUCUCGCACCUGAUGCCCCAGGAGAACAAGCCCUUAGAGAUGAGCAUUCUGAAGAGGGUUAAAGAGCUUCUGGCGGAGGUGGAUGUUAGGACGGCUGCUAGACACAUCACCAUGGCUGACUGCACGGUUGCUAGGAUACUGGGUGUUACCGAGGAGAUGCAGAGGAUGAUGGGAGUGGGGCUCAGAGGACUGGAGUUGUUGACUCUUCCUCACGGACACCAGCUGAGACUGGACUACUGGAGCGGUAAGGUUAGGGUUGGAAUCUCUUCUCUUUCGUCUCUCUGUCUCUCUCUCUCCUCUCUUCUCUUCUCUUUCGUCUCUCUGUGUCUCUCUCUCUCCGUCUCUCUCUCUCAGAUCUCUCGUCUGGAGCAGACGUGGAUGACUUUACGUCAGAGACACACAGAGGGAGCCAUCCUCUAUGAGAAGAAGCUCAAGCCAUUCAUGAAGAACAUGAACGAUGGCAAAGAGAGCACUGUGUUGUCCAACACCUCCUUCCCUCAUGUGGUUCCUCUGCUGUCUCUGCUGGAGAGGAGUGUGGCCGUGGGGGAAGGGCCAGGGGCGGGGAUAGAAUCCUGGGAGAAAGUGGAGGCGGGGGUUGACGUGGUGAUGUCACACCUGGAGGCUGCCCGGACCAUCGCUCACCAUGGGGGGCUGUACCGCACCAACGCUGAGACCAAACUACAGGGUAAGGCCUGGGGGAGCGUGUGUGUGUGUUCCUCACUGUGUGUGCUCUGUGUAUUUGUUUGACUUGCACACACAUGAGGCCCGGUUUCCCGUACUUAAAUCACUGUCAGACACUCAGAGAAUCUCAUUCAUCAGUCGAUAAUCACAGACUCAUUCAGUCAUUAUUGGAAGUGCUUUUUAGUCUAGUUAUAGCUUUAAUCCAGGUCCGGGAAACCAUUCCAUAGAGUAUAGAGUAGUAUUAUAGUAUCGUGUGCCGAGUCAGCCAUAUUGUUAUGGAUUAACCACCAAG